AUGACCACCGCUCUUACCAAAGCUGCGAGACUGAAACCCGAAGUCCGUCUGGGGCAGGCUAUUUCCGAAUUUCAAGCCGAUUGCUCAUCGCGGGAGAAGGCGACGCUGCGGUCAUACCAAGCCGCUGGCAUCCCUCCAAGUGUCCGGGAUGUGAUGCAAUUGACUGCAGAAAUCAACCGAUCGGCUGGCCUUCGAGGACAAUGUUUCGGCUCACGGCUCACGAGCAUUCUUCAGGCGGUGCAGGAGUUCGCUGCACUCGGGGACAUCGUUCUGGGCGCAUCGCAGAGCCUCCUAGCCUGUGGCAUCUGGGCUGUGGUACGAAUGUCGCUUCUGUCCAUUGUCAAAUACUCGACCUACUUUGAACAACUAUCGUCCAUGCUCAUGGCCGUGGGCCGCUCUGCACCUCGCUAUCAACUAAUGGGCGCCGUCUAUCCUACAUCGCAACGUCUCAGAACAUCAAUGCUGGAAUAUUUCAUUGUUGUCGUGCAAUUGUGCCAUCACGCUAUGAAACUGAGUCGGAAGACGGCUAUAGGCCAGUGGGUUUCUACGUUCACGUCUGCUCUGAAAGGCUACCAAUCUGACCUGGAGAUCUGGGCUACUGCCAUCAAAGAAGAAGUGAACCUACAGAUGGUUCAGCAACUAUCCCUGGUGGCCGAAGACAAUUCAUGGUUUAGAUCUCGGGUCGCGAGACGCUUUGAAUCUCAAUCCCACGCAAGGAGGCUUAGAGCGCGCCAGCGCGUACUGGAUGCGUGCUCCACCUACGACUACGAACAGGACUGGAAGCGGAUCCGCAAGCUCGGUGCUACCACUCUCUUGGAGACCUCAAUGGUCUACAAGCAGUGGAAGGCCCCACGAGGUUCUGAAGGGCUGCAGUCGCGUACACUCGUAUGUACAGGCAAGCUGGGAUCGGGAAAAUCCGUGAUUCUCGCCAAUAUGGUGGAUGACUUGAACUUGGAUUUGGAAAGGAAAGCAGUGGUGGCGUAUUUCUUCUGCCAACACGAUUCGACGCAGAGCUUAACGCCGAAAACAGUUAUAGGCUCUCUAGCGCGACAGCUGCUGCAAUCAGAAAGCGAUCUCGACUCCGCACGGGAUGUCCUGGGAGACAAACAAUCACUCGAGGUUGACGGAAUUCUUACUUUACUAAGACAUCUGCUACCGCCGCACUUCGAGGCCCUUUUCGUACUUGAUGGUCUUAUGCAUUGCGACGGAAAAGUGCGACAGGUUAUUCUGGAGUCUUUACAGGAGAUCCAAAAAUUGAUCAAGCUUGCAUUGUGCGUGUCUGUCAGGCCGGAGCCUGCCGAUUCUCUGCAAGAACUCAAACAACUUCAAAAUCAGCGAUGUUGGUCCGUGACAGCCAACAAAUCUGACAUUGAUGCCUUCAUCAACGCCGAACUAGAGAGAUGUCUUGAAUGUGGGAAGCUCGUAAUAAACGACCCUGCCCUUGUCCUCGACGUUCGAGAUAGCCUCUCCCAAGGAGCGGAGGGCAUGUUCCUGUGGGUGGCUCUGCAGAUAGAAGCUCUGUGUCUUGAGAGGACAGACGCAGAUAUACGAGAGGCCAUUGCCAAUCUGCCUAGAGAUCUUUCAGCGUUAUACACGAUGAUACUGGAAAGGUCUAGCCUUUCCGGGAGCACGUAUCAAUCCAAGAUUUUGGAUCUGGUUGUGACCGCGUGCAGGCCACUGACCACAGAGGAAAUGAGAGAAGCCCUCAGUGUCAUCCCCUGGAAGACCUUCUGGGACCCUGCAAGGAUACUCAAUGACAUACAUUCCACGUUGGCUUGUUGUGGGGGUCUACUUACUGUAGAUGAAGAAAACUCGAGUAUUCGCAUGGUACAUCAUAGUGUGAGAACAUUUCUUUGUGACCACCGUGAAAACCAUCACGACUUGAUGCCUGCAAAUCAAACCAUGGCAGAGACUAUUGCGACAUACCUGAGCUACGAAAAUUUCUACAAGCAAUUGUCAGCGGUUAAGACACCUAAAAUCAGCUCUAUCUCGGUGACAACGGCAGUGAUCCAUUCAGCAGUUUCCUCUCGUGGCCAAUCACAAGGAAUUGCGUUGAAGCUGCUGAAAAUGAAGAGGAGUAAGGAUUCGGAUGUCGGUUAUAGUCUAUUGCAACGCCUGCAAGCCUCCAGGGCAAGUGACGCCGUGCCCUGGGCCUUUUACCAAUAUGCAGUGGCCUGGUGGCAGGAGCAUAUCUGGUAUCUAGACCUCAACACGCCACACCUGAAUAAACUCCUGAUGACCAUAUUAGACACCCAUGGCUAUGACAAACCCGACUCCUCUGGACGGACACCGUUGUCACAUGCCUGUCAGCGCGGGAGUCUGGCGCUUGUUGACUGGCUCCUCGCCCGUGGUGCUCGGCAUACCGACGACCUUUUCGGACAGUCACCACUAUCUUGGGCCAUCAAUGGGAGACACAUCGCUGUAAUUGAGUCCUUGUUGAAGAGUGAAGUUGUGAUGCCGAAUGCAGUAGGCCCGUCAGGAAAAACACAUCUGACGUCUGCAAUAAUCCGAAAAGAUGUCGAGCUGACCAAAUGCUUUCUUGCUUGCGACCGGGUGAAUCUGAACCAAGCAGAUUCUGACGGCUAUACUCCCCUUAUGACAGCUACGCUUCACAACUUUGUGGAAGCAAUACCUUUGUUUCUGUCAGGCCAGCACACAGACAUCUUGGCUGUGACGCCAUCCGGAGACUCGGCCCUUCAUCUUGCCGCCAGCGUCAAGGGCCCUCCAAUUAUUUUCAAUCUUCUUCUCGAACACGCGCGGCUAAAGGAGAAGGGCUCCCAAGCGGCAUCGAUGGCUAACAAAAAGGGGGAGACGCCGUUGUGGUUAGCAACCGCAAAUGGGCACUUGGAGGUCGUCCAGUCAAUAUGCCAACAUCAGGACUAUGACCUGGACGUACCUGACGCUCGUGGGGAAACGCCAUUCUGUGUUGCUGCUUCGAAAGGCUAUACAGACAUUGUCAAAUACCUGGGGAGCUCGGGCCGAGUGAAUAUCAAUCAUCUCAACAAAGCUGGCCUUUCGGCACUGUGGGAAGCGGUAUUGAACGGUCACGAAGACGCCAUCCAAGCUAUGAUAACAAUGGAGGAUCUAGACCCGAACCACAGCGGAGUUGGAGCAGGCACCCCGUUGGAAGCAGCCAUCCAUCUCGGCAACGAUAGUAUUGUCAGGUUACUGGUUGCCAUCGCAAGAACUGACGUCGACCGGCAAAGCCACGAUGGCACGACUCCUCUGCAGCGAGCUGUCGAGGAAGGAUAUGACGAGAUAGUGGCAAUACUCGUCUCUACCGGUCGGGUCCUUCUUAAUCGGAGGGAUCAUCAAGGCGUAACACCACUCUGGGCGGCUGCGGACUGUGGCAACAGUGGUAUUGUCAAGGUUUUAGCUAAUACGAAAGGGGUCGAUCUGAACUUCCUAGGCAGUCACGGCAGGACAGCGCUCUGGGUAGCGGCAUCCAAGGGGCACGUGGAAAUAGUCCAGAUCCUGGUCUCCGCUGAUCAGGUGAAUCUCAAUAGCAAGGGCCAUAACGGCACAACGCCGCUGUGGGCCGCUGUGAACAAUGGCCAUACUGAGGUUGUCAGUAUCCUGGCAAGCACUCAUGGGGUUGAUGUGGAGUGCCCCGAUUAUACGGGAUAUACGCCGCUCUUAAAGGCUGCAGCGAAUGGUCACAGCGAUAUCGUUCAAGCUCUACUGGCUACUGGACGAGUGACUGUCAACAUGGGACAUCCUAAUGCUGCAACACCGCUGUGGACAGCCGCUGAGCACGGACAUGACGCCGUUGUCAGGAUCCUGAUCGACAGCGGCGCGGCUGCGAAUCAUACCGAGAUUGCAUCCUAUUCCCGCGGAACUCCUCUUUGGAUUGCCUCCUGCAAUGGCCAUGCAGGAGUUGUGAAGGUGUUGGUCGCAUGUCCUGGCAUCGAGCUCAACCGGCGCGAUAUAUUGGGGCAUACCCCGCUAGGGAUAGCGGCGAAGAGGGGCCACGCGAGUGUUGUUGCCAUUCUGGCCGGCACCCCGGGCGUGGAGCUGUGUCAACUGGAUAAAAAUGGCCAAAGCGCCUUGGAGAUUGCACGGCAGUACGGCCAUGAAGACGUGAUCAAUGUGCUCGAGGCAAUAGACCCUUUCUAUAUGGCCAAUCUGCAAGACUACCGGUGGAUCACCAUGACUGAAUAUCAAGAUGAACGCCGUCAAUUAUAA